AUCUUCAGUACAAUACAAGCAGCAGCUGCUGCAAAUGGCUAUGUCCACGGUUGCUUUUAGAUAUACGCCUCCCUCAUUCAGCACAUUUCCGAUCUUGAAAAUACCACCACCAUUCAGAAAUUCUACCAAGAUGAUGUCUUUGAAAGGCAAUACCUCUAUUUCGUCCCUUGAUGACAGUUAUGGUAAGAGUAAUACAAAAACAAGGAAGCUGCCGAUACUUCUAUUCGAUGUCAUGGACACCAUCGUCCGAGACCCUUUUUAUCACGAUAUCCCCGCCUUCUUCGGUUUGUCUAUGAAGGAACUUCUAGAAUGCAAGCAUCCUACUGCCUGGAUAGAGUUUGAAAAGGGUCUUAUUAAUGAGAUGGAGCUAGCUAGAAAGUUUUUCAAAGAUGGAAGGUCAUUUGAUUUGGAGGGCCUCAAAAGCUGUAUGAGAACAGGAUACUCUUAUAUUGAAGGGGUUGAAGAAUUACUUCAAGCUUUAAAGAAAAAUAGAUAUGAAAUGCAUGCUUUCACUAAUUACCCCAUCUGGUAUAAAAUAAUUGAGGACAAGCUAAAACUAUCAUCUUACUUCUCCUGGACAUUCUGUUCAUGUAUGAUGGUGAUCAUCCAUUCAGUUCAAGAUCUUGAAGAGCUUGAUCAUGCCACAGGCUUUGUUUUCUGGGCUUACUUCUCUCAGUUCGAGAUCAUACGGAUGAACCUUCAAGAUUAUCUGUAGCCAAGUUUGCUGUCUUAUAAUCCCUCUCUCACUUCCACUCCUUUGAGUCCAAAAUCAAUCUGAUGAAUUUUUUUCUAAUCUCACAAGUUAUGAUGUACAGCUGAAGUCUUGAUGUCACUAUGUAAUAUGAACCCAAUGAUGCAGCACAAUAUGUCCAAAAAGAGAACAUGGAGAAGAAAAAAUUACAAUAGAGGAAGAGAGAAGAAAAGAGACGAGAAGAAGAUUGUACUUCGAAGGAAAGCUACCAGACCAACAGAAUGAAAAAUUACCUAAUUCAGAAUUAAUAACUAUGAAAAGAAAGAAAUAAUGAAAUUCAAUCUAAAUAACUACCAAAAGAAUCAUGCUACAGUGAUAUGAUCAUUGACAUAAUGGUUUACAUAGUAUCACAUGGCAUUUCAUCAUUUGACUAUUUUAAACACGAUUAGCUUUUUCAUCCAAUCACAUCUUGCUAACUAACAUUAUGUUACUUCAUUUGUCAACAAUUUUCUGUCAAAGUGGCAUAACCCCUUCCAAAAUGUUCCUUGUUCUUCUGCCUAAAGUUAAAAUCUAGAAUCGUUAUGGUAAGCCUUCACCCACUCUCAUCUCUUAUGCAGCUGUCAAGGAUAAGUUUUGAGAUGCAGAGUUUGUCCUUCUGUGAAACCAUCAACCAAGACUUCGAACAGUUGAAAUUAACUGAUGGAGUUCAUCAUAGACAUUAAAUUGAAGACUUACCAGUUUUAGCCACUCAUUCUAGGAAAAGAAAUUGGAUUUAUAUCAAGGGAUUUUUUCUUAUAAUUGAUUUAUAUCCACUGCAGCAAAAAUUCAACCUUUAAAUUAUCAGUUACAAUUUUCUCCUCCGGGUGCCCUCUAAGCCAACCUAAACUUUGCGA